CUUGUCGCCUGGAGUCUCGUCGCUCUGCCGCUGAUCCUCGGCGUCUCGCUUCCGCUGCAAUCCACCGUGCUCUCCUUUCCCAGUCCCAGGGGAGGAGCCUCCGCUUGCUCCCGCGGCGAGAUCCGGCUCCGCCUCGAGGAUUCGCUCGCUCGUCCGAUCGCCUGAUCAUCGGCGGCCGCCAUGGGCUGCGCUGGAUCCACGCCCAAAGUUGACGAGAGCAGUAAGAAUCUAAGGAAGCCUAAGCCUUGGAAGCACACUCAGCCAAUAACACCAGCGCAACUCAAACAGAUGCGUGAUGAAUUCUGGGACACAGCUCCACACUAUGGUGGACAGAAAGAGAUUUGGGACGCACUCAGGGCCGCUACAGACGCCGACUUAACUCUUGCGCAGACCAUAGUGGACAGUGCUGGAAUCAUCGUUUCGAAUCCAGACCUCACGCUUUGUUACGAUGAGAGAGGUGCAAAGUACGAGCUGCCCAAUUACGUUCUGAGUGAGCCAACAAACCUGAUCCGUGAUGGUUGAACAAAUUAGAGAAACUCGGCGUCGGCAUAAAACGGACGUUUGAUACAAAACGAUGCGCAUCUAGACGUUCACACGUUUGAGGAGGGUAGUACAUAAAGCAGAUCCGUGUAAGUUACGUAAAAUCGUUCGUUUGUCGCUGUUCGGGGUCGUAUUCACAUCGAUGGAAUGAAUCAUAGAAGGGUCAUUGGCUAUCAGCAGUUAGGCUGCUGGCUAUUGCUAUUUGCUAGGCCCUGUUGCAGGGCGGUUGUAGUCCUUGAGCUGUCUAUAUGUACUCCUUUUCCUCUGUCCUGCCGAAGAGAGCUGCUGCACCAGUAGUGUCGCUGAUUUUGACCCAUGCAAUAAUAACUGGACAGAGUGCUUGUUUGCUUCUUGA